AGAGGGAGAGAGGGGGAGAGGGAGAGAGGGUCCCUAAACCACCUAAAGAACUAAUGUAUUUUGUCUCUGCUGGCCAUGGAGAAAGGAAAGCAUGCAGGGGUGAUGGGGGAGGCAGUUUAAAAUGAAAAGGUCAUAUCCCCUCCCUGAGCAGGUGCGAGUGUUCUGAGAGCAGAGUGCAGGUGACAGAAAUCCCCAAGAGGACAGCAGUUAUUCUUGGGGACCCCCUGCCACACCUUCUAAGAGAAGGAGCAUUUCACCUGGAGCCUGUGGCGGGCAGGGGUGGGGAGAUUCCUUAGGGCCCUUCCUGGCUGCUGGGCUGGAGCAGCAGAGGCCAAGGCUUGAGCUCAGUGUCAUGAGCUGGGAUGUAAGGUUGAGGAAAUGGUAGACAUGUCCCUUAGCAGUGUGGCUACCUGAUUGGACAAAUGACAGAGAAAGAUGAGUGUGGGUCUCAUAUCUUUUAGUUUUUAUUUCUGCACAGAUAGCAGUUGAGAUCAAGGUAAUUGACAGGGAACAAAACCCAAAAUGACAGGAGCUUAACCAGUAGAGUAGUUUGUUUGUCUGUCACACAUGAGGUUUCAUGCAGGGUUAGUCUGGCUGGUCUCUAUUCAUAAGGGAUCCAGGCUUCUGUCUUUCCACUUCAUCAUUUUAUUAUGUGGCUUGCAUCCUUUAGGUCACUCCCUUCCCCCAUGGUCCAAAAUAGUUGCUGCAGCUCCAGCUGUCACAUCUGGAUUCCACAUAGCCUGAAGGGGAAAGUGCUCACCUCUCGGCUCACCUAGCUUUAUUAGCCUUAUCAGAAGUUUAGAAGAAUAAUUUCCACCUACGUCUCAUUGAUCAGAAGUUUUCCCAUUAGCCACACUAGCUGCAAGAGAAACUGGGAAAUAUUUUCUCUGUGCAGUUUACCACCCUGUAAAAAACAGGGUUUCUUUGCCUAGGGAACAGGGGAGUGUGGGAACUUGGAGGGCAGCUAACAGUCACUGUUGCAACCUGUGUUUGCUAGUGCAUGCAUCAGUUCACUCUGCAGACAGUCGUGGACACUGUUGGUGCCAGGCCCAGGCUGGGGAGACAGGAUGUAGGGAGAAGUCCCACCCUCUGCCCUGGGAGGCUGCCAGCCUGUGGGGAAGGCAGGCUCUGGGACAGCUGCAGGGAGCGUGGUGGAGGUCACGAAUCCCAGGGGGCAGGUGGAGGAUGAACAAAGUAGUAGCAGGAGAAGCCGGGGCGGGGCGCCUGGCUGGUGGGGCACUCGAGGCCCGGUGUUGUGCCUGCUCCAGGGGGACAGCUGAGCCUGUGCAGGUUCCCCGGUGAGGGCAGGAGAGUUUUGAGCGAUGUCGUAGGACUUGGGUGCCCUCCAGCAGCAGCGAGCAGCCGGUGCAGUCGGGGCAGCGCUAGUGUCAGCUCAACACACCAGACCCCUGCAGCUGGCAUGGGAGGAGAACAGGCACGUCUUGAAAGUCACUUGAACACAAGCACUCGGGAGAGGGACCGUCUUCAGAUCCCUCUGCAGGAGCUGCUGUGCCCUCCCCGAGCCAGGCUACACCUGACCCCUCCGUCUGCUUGGCCAUGGGGCCCUCGUGCUUGCCAGAUACCUGCUUCCCGCCGCUGUCACCAACGCCAGUUUGUCUGCUGCAGAGGUUUGGCACGCCUUGUCCCACCUGUGGGUCACUGUGUGAGCCCGUUCCAGUCUCCAGCCACCGAGACCCCCUGGGGGACCUGGCCGCCUAUGACCGGCAGGGACGCCGAUUCGACAACUUCAGCUCUCUGAGCAUCCACUGGGAGUCCACCAGGCCGCUGCUGGCCAGCAUUGAGCUUGACUCACCCAUGCGGUUGGUGUCCCAGGACGAUGGGAGCGGCCAAAAGAAGCUGCACGGUUUGUGGCCAUUUCAGUCCAUGAGGCAUCGGAACCACAGCCGUCACUGCCACCACGACUGGCUACCAGCUGUCCCACCUCAGCACGGCCAGAGUGAAGCAGCAGGACCCUCUGGUGCCCGUGUCGGCCUCCAUAGAGCUCAUCCUGGUGGAGGACGUGAGGGUGAGUCCAGAAGAGGUGACCACCUAGAACCACCCUGGCAUCCAGGCAGAGCUGCACGUCAGAGAAGGCUCCGGAUGUUUCUUCCUCAACACGAGCACUGCAGACGUCGUCAAGUGGCCUCCCAGGAGGCCAGGGGAGUCGCCGCGGGACAACUGGGAAAUGUUAUGUGACAUGUGUGGCUUGUGUCAUAGAACAUUUCAGCGGGACGGCGCUGGUGGAAACCCCGGGUGCUCUGAGUGUGGUUCCUGGAGCGGCGGCGUCUGCAUCACCUGGGAACUGACCGGAAAUGCAGAGUCUCAGGGGCCGCCUGGGCCCCACGCACGGACUUGGAAGCUGCAUUUCCACACGCUCCCCACAUGACUCAUGUGCACACUGAAGUUUGAGCAGCCUGCAGAGGCCUGGACUGGAGGUCUCUGAGGGGGUCCCAUCUUCAGGCAGCGGGGGUGGAAACACCUGGUCUGAAGCCCCGCCCAUACCUUGGGAAAUAUUAAGUAAUUUA